AUGCCUAAGUCGAGACGAGCAAAGAUCGUAUCGCUGACCAAGGUCGCGAAGAAAACCAGAGAACAAAAGGGUGCCAUGAUGCAGGAGGUCCAAGCUAAUGCAGACAAAUGGAAAUACUGCUGGUUAUUUGAAGUAGGCUCGAUGAGAAAUGCUCAUCUGAAAACCGUGCGCCGGCUAUGGAAAGACUCUGCACGUAUAUUUUUUGGCAGAGCAGCUGUUAUGGCAAAAGCUCUUGGGACGACUCCCGCAGAAGAGCAUCGCUUGGGAUUGCAUAAAUUGUCCAAGCAAAUAAAAGGCCAGGUUGGCAUCAUGUUCACCGAUACGGAACCACAAGAAGUCAUAGACUGGUUCGACGAUUUCAAGCAACCAGAUUUCGCUCGCGCAGGCAACAUCGCCAGUCGCACAAUCAUCCUCCCUGCCGGGCCUGUCAUGAGACAUCACUCCGAUCCCCCAGAACCAUUCCCCCACAACGAAGAACCGCAGCUUCGCAAGCUCGGUCUAUCGACGACGAUGAACAAGGGUGUUCCAACUCUGCAGGUUCCUCACAAACUUUGCGAAAAGGGCAAGGCUCUUACGGCCGAGCAAACACAAUUACUGAAGCUGAUCGGUGAACGCAUGGUGACAUUCCGAGUGGGGCUACUGGCUAGAUGGGAUUCUCCUACAGGGGAGGUUGUUCAGCACUCGGGUAACGCGAUAUCUAUAGAAGAAAAGGGAGACGAAGGAGGGGAUGGGAGCGAUGAUGAGGGGCACAUGAGUGAGUAG